UUUCUUACUUUUGUGCCUAUGGCUGCAGGCAGAGUCUGGUUAUGGUUCCGAAACCAGUCUGAGACGUCAUGGUUCCAUGUUGUCUCUCACCUCAGCAGCCAGUGCCUUGUCUGCCACAUCUACAUCCUCUUUCAAGAAGGGACACAGAUUACGUGAGAAGCUAGCAGAAAUGGAGACCUUCCGGGACAUUCUUUGCAGACAAGUAGACACCCUGCAGAAAUACUUUGACUCCUGUGCUGAUGCUGUCUGCAAAGAUGAGUUUCAGAGAGACAGAGGUACCUUCCAGCACCACACCUCAUUAAAAACACAGGAUCGCAUGUGAUGUAGCUUUGCUCCGCAAAAAGACCU